GCCAGUCACGCAAACAUUUCUUUGGAUAUAUUCGGGUUGGAUUUGUUUGUGUUCUGAUAUAUGUGGAAUAAUGACUAGCAACAAGGAGGCCAGACCAUUUGAUUCCAUGACGAGAGCUGCCCCAGAAGACUCACAGAGUGACAAUCCAAGGUCCAGACAGGAACAGGAGGAGAAACAGAUCCUGACAGCCUGGCAAAACAUGUCCUCAGCUCUGCAGCAGCACAGUCGGUGUGAGCACUCCAGCGCCUCAGGACCGGCUCAGUCUUUCCUGUCCAAGCAGAGGCAGUCCACCCAGGCCAGGAGAGCCCUCUCCCCACGGCUGCAGCCCAGGUAG